AUGUCCACCAAUUCAAUCAAGCUCCUUGCGAGUGACAUGCACCGUGGGUUAGCAGAACUUGUUGCUAAGCGUCUUGGAUUAAGAUUAACCCCCUCUGAACUAAAGAGAGACUCAACUGGUGAAGUCCAAUUCUCCAUUGGUGAAUCAGUUAGAGAUGAGGACAUAUUUAUAAUUUGCCAGAUCGGAUCGGGUGUCGUUAAUGACAGAGUCAUUGAGCUCUUAAUUAUGAUCAAUGCUUGUAAGACGGCCAGUGCCAGAAGAAUCACCGUAAUUUUACCUAAUUUCCCAUAUGCUAGACAAGACAGAAAGGACAAGUCCAGAGCACCAAUUACUGCCAAGUUGAUGGCUGAUAUGUUGACCACUGCUGGAUGUAACCAUGUCAUCACUAUGGACUUACACGCAUCUCAAAUUCAAGGGUUUUUCGAUGUGCCUGUUGAUAACUUGUACGCUGAGCCUUCAGUUGUCAGGUAUAUUAAGGAGUCUAUAAAUUACAAAGAUGCCAUCAUUAUCUCUCCGGAUGCUGGUGGUGCCAAGAGAGCUGCUGGUUUAGCAGACAGAUUGGACUUGAACUUUGCACUUAUACAUAAGGAAAGAGCACGUGCUAAUGAAGUCUCCAGAAUGGUUCUUGUUGGUGAUGUUACUGACAAAAUAUGUGUUAUUGUGGACGAUAUGGCUGAUACUUGUGGUACCUUGGCCAAGGCAGCCGAGGUUUUAUUGGACAAUGGUGCACAAGAAGUCAUCGCCAUUGUAACCCAUGGAAUCCUUUCUGGUAACGCUAUCAAAAAUAUAAACAAUUCCAAAUUAAGCAAGGUCAUUUGCACGAACACAGUUCCAUUUGAAGAAAAGUUGAAGUUGUGUCCGAAAUUGGACGCCAUAGAUGUGUCCGCCGUGCUAGCAGAAGCAGUGAGAAGAUUGCACAAUGGGGAAAGUAUUUCUUAUUUAUUCAAGAACGCUCCAUUGUAA